UUCUCUCUCUACAUUCGUUUAAUUUCUCUCUCUAUACAUACAUAUAUCUAUAUGUCUCUCCUUCAUAUGAAAAUGUUGCACCCCAUGACUUCUUUUGUUGUACUUGUAGCACUUUUCAUUUUCUUAACCCAAUCAUCAGCAAAUGCAAUGACAUACAAUGUGAUGAGUUUAGGAGCCAAAUCUGAUGGCAAGACUGACUCAACCAAGGCCUUCUUGAGUGCGUGGGCUUCAGCUUGUGGCUCGGCCAGCCCGGCUACGAUCUACGUGCCGCCAGGGCGGUUCUUGCUUGGUAGUGCCCGGUUCACCGGACCAUGCAAGAAUGGCGCCAUCUUGAUACGUAUCGACGGGACCCUCGUGGCGCCGUCGGACUACCGGGUGAUUGGGAGCGCCGGUAACUGGCUGUUUUUCGAGCGAGUCAGUGGCGUGGCCAUCUAUGGUGGAACCCUUGAUGGCCAAGGGACUGGUUUGUGGUCUUGUAAGGCCUCCGGCAAUGGCUGUCCUAGCGGAGCUACGACACUGGGAUUUACCAAUUCGAACAACAUAGAGCUGAGUGGAUUAACUUCACUAAACAGUCAAAUGUUCCACAUUGUCAUUAAUGGCUGCCGCAAUGUGAUGAUGCAAGGAGUGAAAGUCUCGGCCGCCGGAAACAGCCCCAACACCGACGGCAUCCACGUGCAGUUAUCAUCUGCUGUCACUAUCAUGAACUCUAGGAUUGCUACAGGCGAUGACUGCGUCUCAAUUGGCCCCGGCACCUCCAAUUUGUGGAUUGAAAACGUCGCCUGUGGCCCUGGUCAUGGAAUCAGCAUUGGGAGUUUGGGCAAGGAUUCUCAAGAGCCUGGUGUGCAGAAUGUGACAGUGAAAACCGUUACUUUUACCGGUACUGAGAAUGGUGUGAGGAUAAAGACAUGGGGUAGGCCAAGCACUGGAUUUGUUAAAGGGGUUCUUUUCCAGCAUGCCACUAUGGUAAAUGUCCAAAAUCCCGUCAUUAUCACCCAGAAUUACUGCCCCGACAACAAGAACUGCCCCGGCCAGGUCUCUGGCGUGAAGAUUAGUGACGUGACAUAUCAAGACAUUCAUGGAACAUCGGCGACUGAAGUUGCCGUGAAAUUCGACUGUAGUAAGAUGUAUCCAUGUAAUGGGAUAAGAUUGGAAGAUGUGAAGCUCACCUUCAAGAAUCAACCGGCUGAGUCGUCGUGUGCUAAUGCCGGUGGAACAACUUCUGGUUUGAUUGUGCCAAAGAGCUGCUUGUAGUGGAAAAAGAGAAACUAAGAUUCACUACUAAAUAUAUACGUUAAAAAGAAGACGAGUGAAGUAAAAAAAAACAUAAAUCUUGGGCCUUUUGGUUCUAAAUAUGUACUAGUAGUUACUUGAGCCUGUGGCAGUAAGGCCUGUUGGGCUUAGCCUGGCCUUGUAAGCACUGUAAUCCAAGACCCUUAUUGGGUGUUAUUUCCACUAAUUAUUAUAAAAAUAUGUGCUUUUAAGCCUUUUAUUGAAGGAUUUAUUAUUA